AUGAUCUAGAAUUUUCGCGAUUUUGUUUACUAUAACGACAACAUGGAUUCAUUAUCGGAACCUUUAACAUGCUACAACAAAGGGUGUGGCAAGAAAUUUAGAUUUGAUGAAAAUUCUGAAAAUGCCUGUGUUCAUCACCCUGGGGGCCCAAUAUUCCAUGACGGUCGACAAGGGUGGUCAUGCUGUAAAAAACGUGUUUCCGACUUCACAGAAUUUCUUAAUAUUAAGGGCUGCACAACAGGUUAUCAUAGUAAUGUCAAGCCUGCUGUACCAGAAAAAGCUGAAAAAACUCCGGUGCAGUCUAAAGAGCCGAUGUAUCAACUGGAAGUGAAGCCCCAACAUCGGCCUCCAAACCCAGUCCUGGCUGAGAGGCCAUCUGAGGAUGAGCCUUUGGUGGAGUUAACUAAGACAGUAGGUGCAUCACUCAAGACACAACUUGAAAAUUUGAACCUAAAUGACAGCAGUGAUGCUGCACUAAAAGAUGAUGGUACAAUAAAAAUUGGAACCUGUUGUAACAACAAAGGCUGUAAAGCUUCCUAUGAGGGGGAGCACAGUAACACUGAAGACUGCAUUUAUCAUUCUGGAGUUCCAGUGUUUCAUGAAGGAAUGAAGUAUUGGACUUGCUGUCAAAGAAAAACAACUGACUUUGAUGUUUUUUUAAACCAAGAAGGUUGCGAAACAGGACGGCACAAUUGGCACAAACCUAAGGUGACAGAAGAAAAACAAGUUCGUGUUGACUGGCAUCAGACAACAUCCAUUGUAUGUAUAUCCAUCUUUGCCAAAGUGGCCAUUCCAGACAAGACAAUAGUGAAAGCUAACAGGGUCAAAUGUCAAGUGACUCUAGUCUAUGAAGGUGGGAACAGCAUUUACCAGAAAGAUUUUAUACUCAGAGAGGCUAUCGACCCCCUGAAAAGUUCAGUGAAGCUUCUGGGGACAAAAGUGGAGCUUGAUCUAAAAAAAGCUGAGGCAUUUUCCUGGCCAACUCUUGAAGUUCCAGCCACAUCCUCUUAGUUUUCACUUAACUAAUUUUAUACUCGGUGUUCAUUCAUAGUUCAUGUUAUCCCUCAAGUUUUGUUUUAGAAACAGAUUACAAUCUUCCUGCAUCCAAUACAAACAGUAUUGGUUUACCCUCAUAAGUUUUAUAGUUGUUAUGAAAUUUUUUGAGUAAUACACUGUUAAAAUUUGUUUUAGGGUUAUUUUUAGAAAAAAAAGUCUAAUCUCAUGUGUUUGAAGUUAAAUAAGUUUAAACUUUUCAUUUCCUGAUCUCUCUUGACACCAGUAUCACAACUUAAACUCUUGUCAAUGUAUUUGCUUAGUUAAGACAAAGCACACAAUUAUGUUGUUACUUACUGUAUGGAUGUAAUGCUGCAAAUGUAUUGCUGCCUUAAAUUCUGUUCUGUUGAGUUUAUUUGUUAAAGUUAUAAUGUCAACUUUUAAAAUGGAAAUUCAAACCCUGUUUUUUUUUUAAAAACCGGUUAAUAGUAUUAACAUUUAAAAUGUAUUAGCGUUUAUAUUAAAACACAUUUUUUAAAAUGAAACUGUUGUACAUUUUCUUAAAAUUGUAGCACAUUUAGUAACUACAAAAUUAUAAAAGCUGUACUGUAAGAUACAAACUGACAUAAAAUUUUGCAGUGUC